AUGGAGUUAAGAGAUGCAGACGACCCCUUCGUGCUUGCUGUUGAAAAGCUCUGGGAGCCCUCCUACUUCCAGCUUCAAGACGUUCAGCCGCUAAACUCCCUUCCUUGGGAUGAAGACUUUCCAGAUCUUCCCCAGGGUGUCUUUCAGAGCUCCUUAGACUCCUUCGCCAAAAACGACUCUACUGUAUACGAACUAAAUCUCUUUGGUAUUGAACCGCUUAAGUCGGUCGAAUCAGACACAACCUCAUCCAACGGGGCGAGCCAACCAGAUGAUGUGGAUUCAAACGAUACAGAAGAACAAGAAACACAUGAUGUCGCAGAAAUUUGGGCGUUAGAUACGAUUUUAAAGCCGGUUCCUGAAGGGGUAUUCUUGCGAUCGUGGGAUACAUUUCCAAAUCAUCGUGUUCGACAGGCUGGUCCUAUAUAUCUCAGUGAGGCUGGCCCUCGUGGGUAUGACUUAGCCUUGGGAUAUCGGGCUACAAAAUCUGGUCUUGAGGAUUCUGGUCGAGUGGCACAAACUGAUAUCUUCAUCACUUCUCUUUUUCGACUGGGCCUAGGUUGGAAUUCCAUAUUUUUUCACUUCAACGAACAAACCCGAGUUUUUGAAAAGGGUAUCAGCGAUGCGCGCAUAUCCGGAAUCAGCUUGACUGCCAUGAAUGUUCUGAUUGAGGAAUUUUUACAAUGUGGAACGCGAGUGCGCAAAAUAAGAAAAUUCAUUCUUGCAACUCCUACUCGAGUUAAUUUGCCAACUCCGCUCUCCAGCUUAGCGUGUGUCUCCUCCGUACUGCUGCAUAGCUUUGAACAGCACGUCUACGAGAGUUUUAAAACUGGUUUAUCGCUAUUAAGAACUCAAAUACUGUUCAGACGUCCCUCAUGCCUGCUCGAAGUCCUCGUCGACAUCAUAGACAGCGCAGAAAAUGCACAAACAGACGAAGCUGUAAUAUCCUCGGUAUUCAUGCGAUGUGAUCAGUAUUCUCAUAAAUUUACUUGGCUAUCUGACGUUCUUCAUGAACUGAUGUCCCUUGUGGCUGAAUCAUGGCUUUUCCUUGUUGAAACAUGGAUCGGCCUCCGACCAGACCCACAGACCUUGAUGGAACUCAAUAGGAAUGGAAAAGGUUUCAUAAACGCCGAGGAAAUGAAAAUCCAGAAUGGCAGAGGGAUCGAAGCAAAGCUUGUGGAUUACAGCUUUCGUCCAGAAGCGAUGCCAAUCUUCGUUCCAGAAGGCUAUGCGGAAUCCAUUUUUGAAAGCGGAAAAAGCCUGAGGCUACUCAAAGAAUUCCACCCUAAUCAUCCACUUUCUGUAAAAAGCGGUUCCAGCCGCUCAACAAGCCUUUCACUGCAGUGUGCUUUUACCUGGAAAGAUAUUGAUAAAAUCCAGCAAAAAGCAAAUGAGUACGAAGCGCAACUUCGAGCUGAAAUCCUCCUUUAUGAUGAAAACAGUGAGCGCAACAAUACUCUACAUGGGGAUAUCGAUGAUGAUAACCCGAUUCCCAACAAGCUUUAUCCAAUUGAUGGCGUUUUCUCACUUGUCGAUAUUAAUCACAAGAAUGGUACGGAAAUAAUCGCAAACCACGCGUCUUUAUCUAACCAUCCACUACAUAUUUUACUUGCUGAGAGCCAGUGUUUUAACACCGAAGAGAUUCCUGCUAACAAAUUUCUCUUUGGACCACCCUUGGACGCGUCGGUUCACCUCUCAUUUGCCCCCGUGAUCUCGGCACAAACAAGACUGAUCAACUUCUCUUGCCUGCAUCUGCUUUUCAAGGGACACAAAAUCAAAAAACACCUACAGCUGCAAUGGCGAUUCCAACUCCUGGGGGACGGUGUCUUCUCAUCACGCUUAUCCCAUGUCCUAUUUGAUCCGGAGAUGCAUAGCGGUGAGCGCAAAGCUGGCGUUGCCCGCGGUGGAAGCUCCACAGGUCUUCGCCUAGGCAAUCGAGAUACCUGGCCACCAGCCAGCUCUGAACUUCGCCUCGUGUUAAUGGGUUUGCUAUCCGAGAGUUAUCACGGCGACACAUCUCCUCUCAGUCACAGUACCAGAAGCCAGGCUAGGAAUAAAGAACUACCUGGAGGCCUCAGCUUCGCAAUCCGUGAGCUGACGGGGGAUGAGCUCUUGAAGUGCAAAAAUCCCAACUCUAUCGAAGCUUUGGAUUUCCUCCGCCUUCAGUAUCAUCCACCAUCAAUACUUAAAGCCAUAAUCACUCCUAGAAGUCUCCGCAGAUACGACAAUAUAUUUAAGCGCCUUUUGAGACAGAUGCGGAUGCUUUCGGUCACGCGUAGCCUAAUUCGUGACUCGACAGAUCGCUCAAAUGCCACCGACAUGAGCAGAACAAUCACUCAAAAAUUCCGCAUGGAAGCGCACCACUUCGUGCAAACAGUGAGUGACUAUUCCUUCCACAUUGCCGUGGGAGACACAUGGAGCAAGUUCGAAAAAAAAAUCGACAAGAUCGAAAAGUGCAUUGAUAAAGGGGAUAUAGACGGAACCAUUGACCAUGCUAAAAGCCUGCAUCGUCUCCGAGAAUUCCAUGAAGAUGUCCUAGAUCAGAUCCUCUUCGCCUUAUUCAUAAGCAAGAAACAUAUGCAGGCUAGGAAGCUGCUAGACAACAUAUAUGGUACGAUUCUCACUUUCGCCCCGAUCUCGAAAGCUGCUGCCACUGGCACCUGGGUGGAACGCGAUGGCACGAACGCCUCUUACGGUCGGAUAGUUCAGCAGCUCUUUUCGGUUUUUAGGAAGCAGGUUUCGGGAUUUGUAAAGUUUCUAAGGGCGUUGGAUGGGGCCAAGGCGAUGAGGUUGAAGGGUAAACGUCAGGAUCUUGCGGCGUGGGGGAGCGACGAUCGAUCAAGUGUUGAUACAGAUGUUGUCUUUGAGCAUCUUCUUCUACGGCUCGAUAUGAAUUGUUUUUAUUAG